AUGGCGACGCUCGUGGGGCACCUGCGCUGCGACAACCUCAAGCUCCGCGGUGCCCUGAUCGAGGCGCAGCGCGAGGUGGAGGAGAUGGCGGUGGCGCUGGAGGAGAGGGAGGACGAGCUCAAUCGGCUCAGGGCCGAGGCCGUGUCCCGCGAGGGUGCCGGGGCCCCCUCGGCGACGCAGGACGCUGGCCAGGAGGCCGCCGAGGAGCGAGCGCGGUUCCUCGAGGACGGCGAGGGCGAGCGCCAGCGCCUCGUCGAGGAGGCCGCGCGCUUGGGCGCCGAGCUGCGGACUGCGCAGGAAGAGCAGGAGGCGGCGCGCAGGGAGAGGGCCAGGCUGGAGAGCCAGCUCGUCCGCAGCAAGGUGCGGUGCGCCGAGGCCGAGGAGCGCGCGGAGGCCACCGAGCACCUCUGCGCCUACUACGAGGACCAGGGCAGCUGGUGGCCCUCGACCCCCAGUUCCGCACGCUCGCCGCGGUGGCCAGGACGUCGGCCGCCCCCGCAGCGCUGCCGCCGGUGGCGCGGAGGGGCUCGGGGAGCCGGGGCCCCGACGACUCCCCGAAGGUCAGCCCCGAGCCGGCGCCCAGGCGCCCCGGCGGGCCGCAGGAGGGCCGGAAGAGGCCCAGCGUCAAGCGGCUCGUGGGCGGCAUGUUCCGGCCGCGCGACCGCGGCGCCGCGCGGGGCGACGGGGCCGCGGGCGGCGAGUCGCCCGGGGGCGCCACGCCCGGCGCCGGGGCGGAGGGGAGGCCGCCGCCGCCGCCGCCCAGCGCGGAGGAGGACCCGGGACGCGCAGAGGCAGAAGCAGGUCAUCGCCUGCCUGAUGGCCGAGCUCGACAAGGCGAACCACGAGCGGCACGACCUGCAGGCUGGCGCAGUAAGCAAGGACGUGGUCCGUACUGCGCGCCGCGCUACGGGGAGGCGCUGGGCGGCCACCACCCCCGCUGGCAUGCCGACAUGGUGCGCCUCCGGGGAGUCGCAGGACCGGGACCUGAAGAAGGGGGCCACCGCCAGCGAGCGCAUCAACAAGAUGGGCUCGAGCAGCGAGGCCCGGACCUCCGACGGCGCCGCGGAUUGGCCCCCAUGUCUCGAGUCCACGGCGCGGCCCGCGCGGCCGCCCGACGAGCGGGCCCCCGGCGGGGCCCCCCUCAGGCCCAGCGCGUCGCCGCGGGACGUGGGCCGGAAGGCUCGGCUGCGCGUGCCGUCGGGGCUCGAGAGGCGCCAGAAGUCCCACCCGUCUACCCAGUCCUGCGGGAACUCGGGCUCCGGCAGCCGCGGGUCGGCGCGGUUGAAUGGGGCGAAGCGCGCCAGCGUGGCCUCGCCUCUGCGCGUCUUGCGGCAGAAGGAGCAGGCCCUGGCGAAACCCGAGCUGCACCAAGGCGUCGACGACUUGAGCUCGUGUGCGCUAGGAGCGGGGCCUGCGUUCCGGCUCAAAGUCAGGCUCUGCGGCACCGCCCGCGUCGGAGCUGUCUCCAGAUCUGUCCGCCUCGCGCGCCGUGUCGCCGCCGCCGGCGCCAGGGCGCCCUGGCACCGCGGCGGGGUCCUCGAGGCCCCAGCCGGUGUCGAGGAGGCGUUGCAGGAAACUCGCGAGGAGGGGCUGGCCCACGGCGAGGGCCCCUUGCGUCCUGAGGAUCUCGGCCAGAGGACUGUCGAGGCGGCCGCGGAGGAUCAGGGCGCGGCAGGGCCGAUCGCAGUCGCCGCGCCUUCUGCCCGGGGCGCCUGCUGGUCCCUCGAGACCCUCUGGAAGCUCGCUGACCUUGCCCCAAGCGUUGGCGCCAGCGCCCGGCGCGUCGCGGGCGGCGCCGCCUGCAGGGGGGCGGGUUGCCGCUGGGCCGGGGACCUCGGCGCGGGCCCUGUUGGCGGGCCGGGUCGGGGCCCCGGUGUCCACCCAGGGCCGGCGCUCGAGGGGGAGGCUGCCGUGUCGCACCAGGCCACAGGCAGGUCCGCCGCGGCCGCGCCACACUUCGACUGCAGGCCGGGCGCGGUGGCCUUCGAGACCGUGCACCUCCCUGGGCGCAACGUCGUGCUCCUCAGGCAGGGCCCUGGGUGCCCCGUGCUGGCGCCUGGGCCGCGCCCGAUCGUCGGCGUGGCUUCGGAGGACGCGGCGGAAGCGGAGGUCGUGGACGACGCCUCUGGGGGCGCGCUCCUGUCGCCGUCCAGCGCUCUCCACGGCGACACCCCGCAGGGACGCUCCGCGGCGCGGGCGCGAGGCCCCACGCCCAGCGCCGCCGCCGUCGCCGCCGGGGGCCUGCUCGCGGCGGCGCUCCUGCUCGCGAUCUUCCUCUCCCUAGCGGUCCGGGACAGGAGAGCGCGGGGGCCUGGGCUGCUCGCCCAGAAGGCGGCGGAGGAGGCGGAGGCCGAGGCCGCGCGCGCCGACGGCGAGGAGGCGGAGCGCCGGGCCCGUGAGGAGGAGCUGGAACAGAUGGCCCGCGCGGAGGCGGAGAGCCGGGCCCGCGAGGAGGCCGAGCAGAAAGCCCGCGCGGAGGCGGCGGCGCUGGCGCAGAGACUGCUGGAGGAGCAAGAGAAGGCGCUCGAGGCAGCCGAGGCGGCGCCAGUGAGCGCUAGGAGCACCAAGAGCGGCGGGAGCGCCGGGAACAAGUGCAAGUACGACGACCACAGGCGCGCCUACAAGCUGGCGCGCGAGGAGGAGGAGCGCAGGUCGCAGCAGGAGAAGGACGAGGUCCACAAGACGGGGCGGCCCGCGGGAGAGCCGGGGCCGGAGCAGAAGGGCUGGUGCGGCCCCUGCGGCUGCUCAUCGAGCAAGGGCGCGGGGGAGCCGGGCCGCAAGUGA